AUGGCAGAAAAACCUUCAUCUGCAAACCCUAAUUCAAAAAAUCAGAAAGAGGAAGUCACAUGUGAAGAGUGUAAAACGAACCCCUCAAAGUACAAGUGCCCAGGAUGCUCUCUCCGCUCCUGCAGUCUCCCUUGUGUCAAAGCACACAAGCAACGCACUGGCUGUACUGGUAAAAGGCCGCUCACGAAUUUUGUACCCCUCUCUCAAUUCGACGACAAUGUUCUUCUAUCAGAUUAUAAUAUGCUUGAGGAUGUGAAGAGAGUUGCUGAAUCUGCCCAGAGGACGAGACUUAAGUUAUGUGGCGAAUAUCAUUUUAGGCUUCCGUUUCCCCUUAAAAGUCUUCGGAGUGCUGCUGCAAGCCGUAGGACGAAACUCCUCUUUCUUUCAAACGGGAUGUCAAAGAGAUUAAUGAAUCAAACUUAUUACAACAAUAGGAAGAAAUUCAUAUCUUGGACCAUUGAGUGGCGGUUCCGUUCAACUGAUGUUGUGUUAAUUGACCACGGAAUACAUGAAAAUACAAAUCUGUGCUCUCUGAUUGGAAAACAUCUAGAAGAUGGUCCGUGGAAUCACCGGUUGAGGCAAUUUGGUGAUGAGCCUCUUGAUUCUCUUAAAUUUUUCAUCCGCAAAUAUCCAAAGGGGCCCAGAUCACCUUAUCGCAAGUUAAACAUCGAGGCAUCAAUACGCGAGCAAUUAGAAAAUUUAGUGAUCUUGGAGUACCCUGUUAUACAUGUUUUUCUACCGUCACACACCUGUGAUUUUGAAGUCAUCAACGACAUGAUUCCUAAUAAAGUUGAGCUUAACAAGCCUGUUGACAACGAUUAUCUAAGUCAUGAAGGUGUGGCUUUCAAGGAGGAAGAAAUCAUAGACUCUGGCUCCACAAAUCCUCUUAUUUCAGAUCUUAUGAACCAUUCAUAUCAAAAUAUGGUAACUGAGACUGAAUACAAAGAGACUGUAUAUAGCCCAUUGGUGGUAAGAGGUGUUGAGCAAGUCAAAUCAGUAUUAAGCAGUGGUGAAAGUGUGUGGAAAGAAGAAGAGUACUAUAUAGGCAAGGAGUUGGGUAUUCCUGAGGAGGAUAUGAACUUUGAUUUCGAGCAAGGUUUGGUUGACAUAUAUUCAGAUCUUAUUGGGGGAACUAAUCCAGAUGACUUCCUCAUGGAGGAAGAGCUAGAAGAAGGAGAGAUUGCAUAG